CUUAGGCUGCUCGCAUCCUGCUCGUCUUGGUGCGCUCGAAGCCAUGCGUGAUCUCAGGAAUCGGAUUCGUGCCGUGGUGGUGUUUUGUGCCGCAGGACCCGUGGCGUCGUUCCUGCCGUUGUUUUCACCUGCGAGAGCGAGGCCCGGACUUGUUGGAGCUCCGUGCGCACAAGGCGUGGAGCCUCGACGGAGCCCCUCCCGAGCACCCGUAGGCUCCACACAACUCGAAGCUACUGCCGAAAGGCCCGAAGGACAUGCACUGCAAGAGGGCCAAGAGAAAAAAGCCUCCUCUUCGGCCGGUGUCGACACACCGCCAGCAGUUGCCCCGGCUAGUCCGGUGGUCGACAGAAGUAGUGCGGAGGGCGGGGAAGAGAAGGCCGGGUUAGAGCAGAACGUGGCGGCGGUAGCGAAAGAGACGGACGCAGCGGCUAGCGUGGGGCAGAGUGGAAAGGAGGAAGAAGUAAUGGCGGAGCUGUUGGCGCACCAGCCGGGGGACCAGGACGAGGCGCAGGAGGUGGACGCCGCGCCUAAACCUUCGAAGCGCGUCACGAAGCGGUUAAAGAAGUACUUCCCGAAGGACUUCCAAGACACGACAUGGACGGUGGCAAUACAGUGGAACCACUCCAAGUACGAGGUCAAGACUACCAAGGUCGCUCUCAAGGCUGACGGCGAAGUGGUCUGGCUCGACAAAGGGAAGGGAUCCUGGAUCCUCCGCACAAAGAGCCGCGACAUCUCCAUCUACCGCAACUUCUUCCUCAACUGGGCCGGCAUGCGGAUUUUCUCGGCCAAGCUAUUGAACAACACCUGCGACAUGUACCUGUCGGGUGUCAUCAAGGGCUGGCAGCCGUUCCUGCCGCUUUCGAAGAUGGGAACGUGGCAGGCUGUCCGGAGAGGGAUCACGCUGGACGAGAACACGCCGCGGCCACCCUGGGAGUCGAGGGAGGUUGUCAAGGAGGUCACCAUGCCGGAUGGGCGCAAAAGAAAGAACACACCAAUGGAAAUAGACGUAGACUUGGACUAGAGGUGCGCUUUUCUACCGCAAUGGACCGUGAACCACGACUGCUGACCGUUCAAGCAUGCCCAACGUGAUGCUUGGGGGCGGUGUCACAGCAAGAGUCUGCGAUGUAGCAUCCAUGCUUGGCGGCGAUUUUUCAUCUGCUGUAAGGUCUUAUUUGUAGUGCUCUGUGUUGGGCGGUAGAUGUUGACAGGGCCACACCCGACCGGGCGUUGAUUGUCUGGAAGCUGCUCGUGUUCGAGUGGAACACCCAUAUUUUCCCGCCAGAGUAGAGCCCGGUCGUUGAUCCAAGGCACUGGCUGCUCCUAUGUUUUUUCCACCCACAGCCAUCAAAUAUGUUGCUUGACUUGCUUCAGCGGAAAAUCCUGAUUCUGACUACCGAACGCUCAUCCUCAAUUGUCGGGGUCGCGCAGACGGGAUUCAAGUAUCCGUUGUCCGCCCAUCAAUAUCAACAUGGCGUCGUGUGCGUGGGGUUUGUCGCGAGUCCCGUUGCCUUGCCUGCCGGUCUGGAACCCGCUUUGUUGCAUGCCGUUGACACACGGGGAAAUGUCGAAAGGACUUCAAACUACUCUAAAUAUUGUUGCCAAACCGCUGCUGUACCUCCGUUCACCCCCUGUUAACUUUGUCGGUCGACAAGAGAUUGCGUCGAGAGUAGAUCAUAGACGACCAGGAAAGACCUAAUCAGUUUGCUGUCAGAC